UUGCUCUCAGAGUGCGCAAAUCCUACAGCCGUCUGUUUUCUGUGCUCGUGAGAUCCACUUUAAAAUCACGUUUAUUUAACCCUCCCCGCCGUGAACCACGAGUCACUAAUCAUGCACAGACGUGCACCAGCGUGCUUUUUAGUCCAUAUUUCUUGGCGGAUUACAGCUGCACGCCGCCCCACCCCUUAACAAACAACAUCAUCACUACCACUGUACCUAAAUCAGGAAGCACCGACACGUUUUUCUUUUUUUCCCUUUUUUGUUUUCUUUCCGUUUUUUUUCGUAACGGAGACACUUUGGUGAUUACAGCAACUGCGAACCAUAAAGGGGGAAGAAGGCGUUAUCUUCGAUGCUGCUGACGACCACCGGUGACCACUACUAAAAGAAGACUGACACUUUGUUUCAUCCAGUACAAGGCACAGCUGUGGAUGCAUUUGACACAGUCUAACCGGAGAAGGGCUCUGUUAGCAGCAUGGGACAGCAUCUAGGAAAGAAGGAGCCCCACACAGACGGCAAGGCUCCGUCACCUGAACCCAAAGAAACGGCAACGCCAGUAGCAGAACCUGAACAACAAGAUGAAGUCUUUGGCCUGAGUGAGGCAGAUGCGAACCAGAACAAUGGCUGCGUCUUGGAGAAGCCAGCGGUGACUGACUCCACAGACCCCCACCAGAGUUGGAGCCCCGCCAGCACAGCUGACCCUGACGCUGCCACACCACGCCCCCACCUGGUCCGCCUCUUCUCCCGAGAUGCCCCGGGCCGAGAGGACAACACCUUCAAAGACCGACCCUCCGAAUCGGACGAGCUGCAGACCAUCCAGGAGGACAGCGGAGCGGCUUCAGAGUGCGGGUCGGAGAGCCAAGAACAGGACCUAGAUUAGGCUAGCUUUUUUUUUUUCCUCCCCUCCCUUUCCUCUAUUUUUUUUUCUUUUUCCUCCUCUGUCCACUCUCAUUUAAGAGAGACACAAGAACCCCUCAUUUGACAAACACAAGCGUAAUACCAACUGCUAAUACAACCAUGGCAUCCGCAAGCAGCUCUGCACAGGCCGCCUUCGGCCUGGGUCGGAGGAAGAAGAACCCCGGCCUCCUGGAUCAGAUUGGAAAGUUCUUUGGAGGGGACAAGAAGAGGAAGGGCAAGGUGAGGAAACCAAGAGAUUCAGUCCUUAUGUACCUUAGUUUGUUCUGCUGAGUGGCUCCCAGAACCACUUUUUACUUGUGAUUCGCUAACACACGUUGUAAGAAUCUGUUGUCAGAUAUCUGUCAUGUAGAAUAGUGUUGGUUUUACUGUUGAUUUUAUGUUAAACCAAAGUCUGACAUUGUCUUGCGAUUCACAUUAACUAGCUGAUCCUGAAUCGACACUGGAUAAUGACUUUGGGCAGGGGUUAUUUUCUUCGUUUUUUUUGUUUUAAUUAUAAAAACGCUGUGAUUUUGACCCAUUUAAGAAUAUUUCUUUAUUCUGUUUAUUUGAGUGGUACUGACAUUAAUAGCAUUUUCCUCUUCAGUCAGAUCUAAAUCUCUAGAUGUAAUGUUUUAGUGUUUCACAUGUUGCUGUCAUUAAGCUUGUUGUUAAUUGGAACGUCUUGUCAAACUGGAGAACAGCUCAGUUCAGGUACUUUUUGCAAUGAUGGUGAUGAUAAGCUCGGAAAUUCACCUCCUUAUAUGUAAUACUGGUUCAUUAUUAUUAUUUUCUGAAUUUUAUAGAGGCUUUGAGUACUCUUGCAGCGUCUUCGCAAGGAGUCUUUUAGACUUUUUUUGUUUUUUUUAAGCUAUAAUUUGAUAAGCGAGCCACAGGGAGGUACUUCACUACUGUUUGCACGGUGCCACAGUCUGCUAAGUCACUUUCAAAGUUGAGGAUGAAAUGAUGCUACAACUGAUCAAACAAGUAGUAAAUGUACAGUGUAUUAGCAUAUAAAUAAGUAUAUUAGUGUAGGAGCUUAAUAUCAUCCCAGGUUUGGGAAUAUACAAGUCUGCAUCCUAUUAAGAAAGAACAGGCUUAUCUGGCAGGCGAGCGAUUAUGAAGCAUCUGAGCCUGCGCUGCUUUCUAAUAACCAUGUACUGCGAUGCUGUUGAGAUGACCUCCUUUAUAAACGGUAGUAAAUCUUUAACAGUAUUCCUGUGAGGCCCACUUUGUUCAAAAAAUUAAGAAGAGAAUCCCAAACGUUAGUGUCUGCCAAUAGUCUGAACAUUUGUGAUAGCAAAUGUUGCAUUUAUUCUCCUGGCACCGGUCUUGGCAGCGUUGCCACUGCUCAGCUGGCUCCACUCGCUUUCGGUCCAUUCAGCGAUGCCCUCUGGAGGUGGUGACGAAAUAGAAAAUUCUAAUCUGGUUUAUGAGCGCAGAGAGUUUACCACACAGUGCUGAGUAUAUCUGCUUGUCCUGAUGAUGCUACUGCAGCAAGCUGAGCCUGCAAUGUAGUUCCCUGAGAAAGAAGAAAUGGAAGUGCGCUUGAUCUGGAUGAUCCAUCACGAGUCACGUCUACUCGCUGUGACAGCUGUCUGAAAACAUAAUAAUAGUUUGAAAGGACUCAUAUGGUAUGGCGAGCUUAUUCCUGCGGGCAACAGUAUCUCUCUGAUUGUAUGCUUUUUCCUUUUGUAAAGCUCUUCUAACCCCGCAGAGUGCUAAUCAGAGUGCUUUGGCACAUAAUAAUUGCAGAGAAAUCAUUGAACAGCAUGAAAAUAUGCAUUUUUUCCCUUUGCCUUAUGCCAACCAUGAAAUGGUUUUCAGUGUAAGAUUCAGGAUAAAAUGGAGUUUUAUUUAUAUAUGUCACAAUUCUUUUUUCCCUAGCCUGUUGAGCUGAUCAGACAUUGUUUUGCUUUGGAAAAAAUCAGGGAACGUGUCAACACAACAAAUUAUGAAGCGUUCAUGUAAUGUCAGCUCUUAAUUCGCUGCAGUGUUUGAUUUUUCUCAUUCUUGCCGUGGCCAUGAAAUUGUAUCUUGUUCCUCGUAUUGAUGGCAAGUUUACAAAAGACAAACUAUAAAUAUAUAUUUGUGUUCACCGAGGAUUUGCCUUCAAAUGAACGAGUGCUCACAUCUCAAGUAAAUGACAGGUUCGUCUCACCUCUGUUGCCUCUAGCAAAACAAACACCGUAAAAAAAAAAACAACAAAAAAACAAACCUGCACUAAUUUUUGGCUGCAAACAUUUAUUUUUCCAGAAAGAUUUCCUCUUAAAGACAGAUAUUUUUGAAUCUCAGUAUCUAGUCUGUGUGCACAGAUUCUCCACAGACAUCCCUGAUGCAUACUUUGACUUGGAGGCUGCAGUAUUAGUAAGACAGAUUGUCUCAGUGUUUCUCGUUGGAUUGUGAAUAUGCAUGCUUAUUUCAGUAGAGUUGAAUUGUUUUCAUACCGGCAGAUGUGGAGUCAUUUGCACACUGAUCCCUCGUGCUUAUUAACGUCCUUUCUGUCUCAUUUAUUUACAUAUUUUUCAAUCUAAACCUGAGUCGGGGCUUUGAGAAGAUGUAAAGACCGUCCGCAAGUAGUUUAAAGUUGUGAGAAGACGCCAUAAAAGACAAACUCAGGUUUUAGGACACAAUACAACUGCAGUUAAUCUGCAUCUGAAUAGUAACGGGCUUUUGAUUAUUUCAAACAGUGAUAAUGAUGUGCUAAUUGGAGGGAAAAUUACGUUUGCAUGAGCAUUAGCUAUUCAAGCAGAAAUGAAGACUCAUAAAGAACUGAGAAUAAUUAUGAAGUCUUAAUUUGCCUCCUAAUUUGUUGAAUGGCAUGCACAGUGAGUCAUAUUCUAGUGCAGGAGUAGUGUCAGGCUUUUUACAGCACAGCUCACGGUUGGAGCCCAAUGCUUUGAGGACUCAUAUAAUGCCAGUGUCUUGGGAUGGGGGAGAGGGGAUCUGCGACCCCCUGUCUCAUCGCUUUGCUCACCUCAGGUUCUCAUGUCUUUGAUUCAGUCUGAGAGUUUAUUUGAAACAACAGUGGCCCAGCAAUUAUCCACUGCUGUGUAAUGCCUUUGUAAUAACUGUAUCUGCUGUGACCGGUGACCUGUUCCUAACCUGAUCCUGUUUUAAGCUUUUUGGAUAUUUGCUUGAUUAAAACUCUUUAACAACA